CUUGACCUCAAUAAAUGUCCUAAACAUGUCCUAAAUAUGCAAAAUGAUAUAUAAUAAAUAUUAUAUUAUAUCAUUUUGCAGAAAUAUUCUCAUCACAAUCACCGUGUAUCUGCAAAAUGUGUACGAAUGUAUCGGUCAAAAGCUGUAGAAUGUUCAUGAGGUUGCUAUUAGUAAGUGCUUUAUUUUCACAAUGUUCCAGUGACCUAAUGUCAAGGGAGGAACUCAUCGAAGCAUACGCAGAGUUAAGUGCUAUAAACUACAAUGUUGCCAAUGCACAACGCAAUGAUGUCAGCUUUCUAUACGCAAAUGGAUUAUCUGGACUUGUUGAAUUAACUCCAUCUAACGCAUCUGAUGUGCUAAACUUGGCUCAUCCAGUUGUUUUUGUUGCUCAUGGCUACAAACAAAAUAUAUCUAUCCCCUGGUUUAAUAUAAUCAGAGAUAAUUACAUUAAGAGAACAUCUGGAAAAGUUAAUAUUAUUUUUUUAAAUUGGUGUGAUGGUGCUUCGAAUUAUCCAUUGGAUGUUUCUUUUGCAAAUGUUUAUCCCAUCGGAAACUACAUCAGUGAAUUCGUUAUAGCUACUAAAAUGAAUGUAGAGACUAUUCACUUCAUAGGUUUCGACUUAGGGGCCCAUAUUGGCGGAUUCCUUGGAAAGAUACUGUAUCUACACACAUCCAAAAAGAUUGGCCGAAUUACUGCUUUAGAUCCAACUGGCCCUAAGUUCGAUCGUGCAAAUGUUCCUGCUAAUUCAAGACUUGACAAAUCUGAUGCCAGUUAUGUCGAAGUACAUCAUUGCGAUGUACAAGCACUGGGGGUUACUAAGCCAUACGGCCAUAUUGAUUAUUAUAUUAAUGGUGGCUAUAACCAGCCUGGAUGUUCUAGUGAUAUAGUUGAAAACAGUGACUGUAGUCAUUUGAGGUGUCCAUAUGUUUACGCAGAGUCACUAAACACCAAUAUACUAGUCAAAAAAGGCAUAUUCUUAAGUGAUGGCGUUUUAAUUUAUGUACGUCCAAAUAUCUUCAGCAUACCAGUUUUCUAUGGAGGUUCUGCAUGGACAUUUCCAAGGUUUCAACACGGAAUUUAUUUUGUCAAAACUUGGAAUAAAACACCAUACCUUCGUUAUUUUUAAUAAUUUUUAUUAUAUUUUAUAUGUAUUAUUUUUUUCUAAUAUACGAUCGAUGAGGGAAAAAAGUAGCAGAGUGAAAGUUUACUGCAUUUAAUCUAGAAUGAAUCAGUGUCAAAAAGAAUAUAAUUUAAAUUAAGUCAAUAUAAUAAUUAUAUUAAUUAUUAAUACAGUGGAACCUCGAUAAGUCGGAUUAAUGGGGACCGCGGCCGAUCCGGGUUAUCGAAAAUCCGGGUUAUCCAAAAUCCGGGUUAGCCGGAGAGAAUGGUAAAAAUUAAUAAAAUACGUUAUAUGUACUUACAGAUAAACUCGAUUAUAAUUGCAAAAAUAUGAAAUACAUAUUUAUGCAGAGUACAUCUAAAUUACUUAGAGUUGUAUACAGUAUUAUUUAUUUCUUGGUAAAAAACUCAGUCAAGGUGAAAAAAUGUUUGUUUUGUCUGAUUAAAAUCGGUCCGGGUUGGCCGGACUUCAGGGUUGUCGGAGGCCGACUUAUCGAGGUUCCACUGUAUACAUACAGAGUGAGUUUUAUGUAUGGAAACCCUCAAUUAUCUCGGAAGCGGCUUGGGCGAUUUUUAUAGAUUUUGGUGGGUAAAGGUCUUCUAAUGCGGCCGAUAUUAUAGUCGUCAUACCAUUGUUGUCAGAUCUUCCGUUUUUCUGGUAAUCCAAUGAACUUUCGUAUUUCAAAUAGUUAUAUAUUUUUUGUGUUUUGAAAGAAAUACUGAUUAUUUUUCAUGUAAUAUUCCCUACACCUAAAUGCCGCAAUUUCGGAGUUAUUACUACAUUUAUUUUUAAAAAAUUUUAGAAACAAAUUAUAAAAAUCAUUUUUUUUUUUCGACCAGAGCAGACAUUAAUUUAGGUUCUUUAGAUCAUUGGGAUCAAAAAAGGUUUUUGUAAUUUUUCUGGUAAGUUAAUCUUUUCCAAGUUAUAAACAAUUUAAAAAUGAAAAAUAAUCGAAAAAUAGCGAUUUUCAAGGCUCAAAACCACAAGUAAAAAAUAUUAUUUUUGAAAUCUCGAAGUAAGUACCUACCUAAAUUCAAGUUCAAACUUUAUUUUAUCAGAUUCCGAUAAGAAUUAUAAAACAUUGUUUUUUAGUUGUUGAUGCAGCCCAGUCCUCUCAUAAGCGCUUCAUUAACAAUUAAAAACAAUGUUUUAGAAUAAAACAUGCCAAAAAUUCUUAUAGUGAGCUGAUAGAAAAAGGAUUGAACUUGAAUAUAGAUACUUCGUAAUUUCUUCUCUUCUUCUUUCUCGAAACUCCUUAUGCCCCUCAGGGGCGCCGGAAGUUUUAUUCAUCCUCUAUCCAUAUCUUCCAUUUCUUGCGGUUCUUUGCUAGCUCUUUCAUUUGUUGAUGUGUUUUUCCUUUUUCCUGUCCAAUUUCUAUAAUCUGAUCGAUCCAUCUUUUCCUUGGCCUCCCUUUCCUUCUUUUACCAUAUAUUUUUGAUUCCUCACCUGCUUUGGUAGUCUUCCCUGGUCCAUUCCUUCAAAAAUCCACCACUUCGCAAUUUCAAAAAUUAUAUUUUUUACUUGCGUUUUUAAACCUUGAAUAUCGUCAUUUUUCGUUUUUUUUUUCAGUUUUAAAUUGAUUAUAACUCGAAAAAGAUUAACUUUAGAGAAAAAUUAGAAAAGAAACCUUUUUUGAUCCCAAUGAUCCAAAAAACCUAAAAUAAUGUCUGCCCGGGUCGAAAAAAAAAAUGAUAGGUCUGGAUCCCGCGUAUGAAAAAAAAGUUGAUUAAUAGCAAGCUGAAAAUUUGUUAAUAGCUUAAGGGUGUCUAGUCGAAUAAACUUUGAUAUAUGGGAACACUGAAACAGGGGCAGUUUUAAUUGUGGAACAGGUUAAAAAUUUGGAACGGUCACAGCACGAAAACGGCACAUUUAUUUUGUCCGACAGAACAGACUUAAACUCUCCGAACAGAGAUUUAACUCUCAUGAAAAAAUCAGACUGCUAUUUAUUACCUGUCAUAAUUCCUGUCAUUUGACAUAUUCUUCAUGUUCCACUCAUUAAAACGCCCAUUUGGUGAUAAAUAGCAGUCUGAUUUUUGCGUGAGAGUUUAAUCUCUGUUCGAAGAGUUUAAGUCUGUUCUGUCGGACAAAAUAAAUGUGCCGUUUUCGUGCUGUGACCGUUCCAAAUUUUUAACCUGUUCCACAAUUAAAACUGCCCCUGUUCCAGUGUUCACAGAUAUCAAAGUUUAUUCGACUAGACACCCUUAAGCUAUUAACAAAUUUUCAGCUUGCUAUUAAUCAACUUUUUUUUCAUACGCGGGAUCCAGACCUAUGAUUUUUAUAAUUUGUUUAUAAAAAUUUUAAAAAAUAAAUGUAGCAAUAACUCCGAAAUUACGGCAUUUAGAUAUAGGGAAUAUUAUAUGAAAAAUAAUCAGUCUUUCUUUUAAGGACUUCAAAACGCAAAAAAUUUACAGGAUGUUCCAUUUGAAAUAAGAAAGUUCAUUAGAUUUCCAGAAGAAAAACAGAAGAUCUGACAACAAUGUUAUUAUGACUAUAAUAUCAACCGCACUAGAAGACUCUUACCCACCAAAGUCUAUAAAAAUCGUUCAAGCGGUUUCCGAGAUAACUGAGUGUUUCCCUAUACAUAUAUAAAACUCACUCUGUAUAAGGAGAAAUAAACUGUUAGGUACUUUA